UCACUCAGAGACAACAUGGCUUCCAGAUCAGAGGAGGAUCUCUGCUGUCCGGUCUGUUGGGAAGUCUUUAGAGAUCCUGUUCAUCUGUCCUGCAGCCACAGCUUCUGUAGAGCCUGUCUGAAGAAGUGGUGGAGACAGAAACCAACACGAGAGUGUCCAGUCUGUAAGAGAAGAUCUUCAAGAGCAGAACCUCCCUGUAACCUGGUGUUGAAGAACCUGUGUGAGGGUUUUCUGCAGGAGAGAGAUCAGAGAUCUCCAGAGGCUCUCUGCAGUCUGCACUCUGAGAGACUCAGACUCUUCUGUCUGGACCAUCAGCAGCCAGUGUGUCUCGUCUGCAGAGAUUCAGAGAAACACACCGACCACAGAUUCAGACCCAUCGAUGAAGCUGCACGACAACACAAGAAGGAGCUUCAGGAAACUCUGAAACCCUUCAAGAAGAAGUUAAAGACUUUUGAAGGAGUUAAAGUGAAGUUUGAUCAGACAGCAGGACACCUGAAGGUCCAGGCCCGACACACAGAGCUGCAGAUUAAGGAGCAGUUUAAGAAGCUUCACCAGUUUCUAGAAGAGGAAGAGGAGGCCAGGAUGGCUGCACUGAGGGAGGAAGAGGAGCAGAAGAGGAGGAUGAUGGAGGCUGUGAGCAGAGAGAUAGCAGCUCUUUCACACACAGUCAGAGACACAGAGGAGGAGCUGAGAGCUGAAGACGUCUCCUUCCUGCACAACUACAAGGCUGCAGUGGAGAGGCUGCAGCGCCCCCUGCUGGAGGAUCCACAGCUGCCCUCAGGGGCUCUGAUAGACCAGGCCAAACACCUGGGCAACCUCAGCUUCAACAUCUGGAGCAAGAUGGAGGACAUGGUGUCCUACUCUCCUCUCAUCCUGGACCCAAACACUGCUGAUCCAUACUUCAUCCUGUCUGAAGAUCUGACCAGAGUGAGACGAGGAGGGAGACAGAAACUUCCUGAUAAUCCAGAGAGGGUUGAUUGGUUCUCCUUCUCUGUCCUGGGCUCUGAGGGCUUUAACUCAGGGACUCACAGCUGGGAUGUCCAGGUUGGAGACAGUAGAUACUGGGGACUGGGUGUGUUAGCAGAGUCUGUCCAGAGGAAGGGAGACAUAGAGUCUGGAUUAUGGAGCAUAUGGUUUUAUAAAGGUGAAUACUCAGCAGAGUCUCCAUCAGAUCCAGACUCUCCUCUCCUCCUGCAGAAGGAGCUCCAGAGGGUCAGAGUGAAUCUGGACUGGGACAGAGGAAAGCUGUCGUUCUCUGAUGCUGACACUAACACACACAUACACACCUUCACACACACUUUCACUGAGAGGAUGUUUCCAUACAUUUACACUGUGGAUCCAGUGCAGAUAUUACCAGGGAAGGUGUGUGUGACAGUGGGACAGAGCAGGUAGAGAAACAGGAGCAUCAUAUCUACGAUGGAGUUCAUUUCUCAGAGACAUUCACUGAAUUUAAAUCUGAAGCUGCUUCUGUUUAGUUUUGAUUCUUGUUAUUCAGUGAGACAUUAUCCUCUUAGUUUUCACAGUCCACCUUUAUCAAACUGAAGCACAUGCUCUCAGUUCAAGUCUUUAUCAAGAGACAAACACGUGAGUACCAGCAGAGCUCGUGAGAGUCCUGUAUCUCCAUCAUCUCCAUUAAUAUGGAGUUAGAUUUAGAGCCAAUCAGAGGAAGAGUUCUGUUCACGUGAUGAAGGACUUCAGAUCUUUAC